CGCAUCCCCCUGUGUUUCAGAUAUCAUCAAAUAUAUAAAAUCUCGACCUUGACGGUUCAAUUUUUACACUCCAAACUCCCAACCAGCCAACUACCCACACACAUACAUUCAAGAUGCGUUUCUCUACUGCCACCAUCGCUCUCUUCGCCAGCCUCGUUGCUGCCAUCCCCGGCGAGGUUGAGACCCUCUACUCCACCGAGGACGUGACCAUCGUCUCCUGCGCCCCCACCGUCACCAACUGCCCCGGUACCCUGCACGCCACCUCCACCCCCGAGGCCGUUGCUGCCACUACCACCGCGGCCGUCGCUGUCACCACCGGUGGUGCCGAGGGUGUCUCCCCCGUCUCCGAGUCCAGCUCCUCCGCCAUCCCCGAGGGUGCUUCCGCUGUGACCGGCUCCCCCGUCCCUGAGGGUGCCUCCGCUGUGACCGGCUCCUCCCCUGCCGGUGGUGCUGGUGCCGCUCCCUCCAGCGUCCCCUCCGGCGCUGCUGCCGUCGGCUCUGGCUCUGGCUCUGGCUCUGGCUCCGGCUCCGGCGCUGGCUCUGCCCCCUCCGUGACCGUCAUCUCCUACACCACCUGUGUGCCCACCGUCAUUGUGUCCACCAGCACCAUCGGCGCUGGCUCCGCUGGCUCCUCCGGCUCCCCCGCCGGUGUCGGUGCCAUUGGCUCCGGUUCCCCCGCUGGCGGCAAGCCCGCCAAGUCCUCCUCCCCUGUCAUCCCUAGCGGUGCCGCCGCCUGGGGCAGCGGCUACCCCAGCGGCAGUGCUACUCCCUCUGCCUCCGCUGCCCUCUACACCGGUGCCGCCAGCACUCUGAACGGCAACGGCUUCGUCUACGCCGGUGCCUUCGCCGGUGCCGCCGCCUACUUCCUGGCUUAGAUUCCCCCUUCUUGUCAAUAGUAGAUAGCCCCGGGACAACUCGUGGGUCCGACCACCACCUUCACCACCUCCCCCCCCCCAAUCGCGGGGGCGUUGGGGGAGGAGGAAGUCGCGACGCACGGUUGCGCCCUUGUGUGAAUAUAAUGCAGAUGACAGAUGCAGAUCAGCAGAGGUGUCGGGGGCCGGGGGUGUUUGGUCCAUGUCCAAUGUCCAUAUUUUUUUAGUUGCGGCUUUAUUCUAUAUUAUUUUGGCUUUGUGUUUUUUUUUAUAUCUUGGGAGAGAAAUCCGA